AAAAGCCGCAGUGCAAUAGUUUAAAAAGAAAAAUUACUUCGGAUAAAGCAAAUUCCUUCCUCAUAUAAAUCGAAUACUAUUACAUAUAACUUUUCUAUUGACUAAUUGAAAUAAAUGUGUUUAAAAUUUGUAACCAAAUAAACUUAAUAUUAAAGUAACAAAAUAUACUGCUGCAUGGAAUUAGAAACGAUUACGAAACGAAAAUUCUGGAUAGUCAAUAAUAAAGGGGAGCAAACACUCAGCACAAUAGAAAAUAAUUUAAUGCAUGCUUGAAUAACAAAUUAUUGGAUAUAAAAGGAUUUUCAAAAGCAGUGGGAUAAGCAACUUCCAUACCCGAAAAACUGAGGCGAAAGAAGAGUUUGUUGUGAGAAGGAAAAUUUUCAUUGUCUUUUUUAAUUAAAACAAAUUCUUGACGUACGAGAUAACACUUGAAACAUAAACACUAUGGUUACUGCGUCACAUUAUAGCACGGAAACCGUAUUUGAUUAUUCCUGGAAACAAGUUGUCCAAGCCUAUUGGAAUCGUUAUCCCAAUCCUUCCAGUGCUCAUGUUUUAACAGAGGAUACAAUUUCACGGGAAAUACGUGAUGGAAAAUUAUACUCGCGUCGUAUUUUGUCCAAAACAAAUCAUGUUCCCAAGUGGGGUGAACGUUUUUAUAAAAAUACUCCCGUUAAAAUCAUCGAAGAUUCUGUUUUAGAUCCCAAGAAGAAAACGUUGAUAACUUUUACGCGAAAUAUUGGUUUUAAGAAAAUUAUGAAAGUUGAUGAAAUUGUCGAAUACAAAGAACAGAACGAUGGACGUACCGUGGCGAUCAGGAGAGCAUACAUUAGCUCACAAGUGUUUGGAUUUUCACGAGCUAUUCGUGCUUUUGGCAUAGAACGUUUUAAAUCAAAUUGUCAGAAAACUGCCAAUGGUUUUAAUCAUGUUCUAACGAGAAUGUUUCCCAAUCAUAAAUACAUACCCAUAAAUCGCAGUAAUACCACAGAAGCUAUAAAAUCAUCAACAUCAUCAUCUACGUACGAUCACCAUCACAAUCACACACAAAGCAAAACUGAGACAUUUAAAAAGGGUUGCAAGAAUAGUUAUGAAUACGUAAAGAAUCAAGCUGUUAAGAUAGCUCAAAUGUUUUCAGUUAAAAAUUGAAAUUUAAACUGAUAAGAAAAACCAAAAUACCAUCAUGAUCCUUAACACCAAUAGGCUAACUUAAAGCCACC